CCUUUAUAAAUCCUUUUUCAAAAUGUAAAUGAUCAUUGUACUUGUUUGGAGAAUGAGGUAGCAGCGUGCUUGAGGACUGUCUUUGUCAUAUGAUACUCAUGGUUGAAGAAAAGGGUCAGCACAUGUGAGAAGAAAAGAUGAACUUAAGACACUUGUGUGGAGCAGGAACAGAUGCAUUUGAAUUAAGUUAAAAAGCCUUUAUUUCAAAACAUGGCUGCUUACAUUAAAACACUGACCAGUUUCAACCCUAAAGUCUUCCUCAGGGUGUAAAAGGGUGGACAGGAGUCAAGCAAACAUUUUAUGAGCUUGGUAGGGGGUAUCACUCAAUCCUGAUUAGUAAGUGAGCACAGGUGGGUGACACCAAUAGAUUACAAGGAGCCAUUUUGAAGUGUUAAGAAAAAAAAGGAACCUGUACUAAAAUUAAUAAUCACUAGUUAUUAUUAUUCAUUCAUUCAUUCAUCUUCUAACUGCUUCAUCCUCUUGAGGGUCGCGGGGGGGCUGGAGCCUAUCCCAGCUACAUCGGGUGAGAGGCAGGGUACACCCUGGACAGGUCACCAGACUAUCGCAGGGCUGACACAUAGAAACAGACAACCAUUCACACUCACAUUCACACCUACGGACAAUUUAGAGUUAUCAGUUAACCUAGUCCCCAAUCUGCAUGUCUUUGGACUGUGGGAGGAAGCCGGAUUGCCCGGAGAGAACCCACGCUGACACGGGGAGAACAUGCAAACUCCGCACAGAAGGGCUCCCACACCUGGGAUUGAACCGGCAACCCUCUUGCUGUGAGGCGACACACCACCGUGCCGCCCGAAUUAUUAUUAUUAUUUUAAUUUUAAUUAUUAAUUUUUACUUUUAGUACAUUAUUGUACAGUAUUAUUAUUAUCAUUAUUUUUAGAAAUACUAGACCUUAUUUGAUGUGUUUUGUACAGCUACAAUUUAAGUAAUCUUUCCUUUGUUUUACAUGCAUAUUUUUGUAAUUUUUAAUUUUAGUAUAGGAUUUUUUUUUUUAAAUACUUGCUGUUGUCCAUAAUCCAUUGCUGUCACCCACCUGUAACACCCCCUACCAAGCUUAUAGUCCACAGGACUAAAAAGAUCUGAAGCCAACGCCCUGGUGCCAGACUCUAUAGGACACCCUCCAGAGGUCCUGUGUUCAUGCCUUGACAGGUCAGAGCCAAGUCCGGUCCAAGGAGGACCCACCAUGGAUUGGGGUACCUCUGGGGUACCAGCACAUCCCUCAAAUGUUCGAUCAGAUUGGGAUCUGGGGUAUUAGGAGGCAAAGUCGACACUUUGGGCUCUUUGUCCCGUUCCUGGGGUCAUUCCUGAGCAGUUUUCGUGGUGUGGCGUGGUGCAUUGUCCUGCUGGAGGCCACUACCAUCGACCAGUGCUGUUACCAUGAGGGGGUUUAUUUUGUCUGCAACGGUAGUCGGGUGUACUACUUGGAUGACAAAGAGUGUGCUCAGAAGUAUGGCGGAGUAUGGGGUACAUAUGAGCUCAGGAAGCCCAUGCUGGUUGUGAUGGACCCUGACAUGUUGAAAGCCAUUCUGGUGAAGGAGUGCUUCAGCUACUUUACCAACCGGAGGAACUUGCGCCUGAAUGGAGACCUCUAUGACUCAGUGUCUAUUGCUGAGAACGACAAGUGGAGACGGAUUCGUAACAUCCUCACUCCCUCCUUCACAUCUGGCCGUAUAAAAGAGAUGUUUAGCCUCAUGAAACAUCAUUCCCACAAACUGACAGCCAGCAUGCAGUCCAAGGCCCAAAACAAUGAAGUUAUUACUGUAAAAGACUUCUUCGGAGCCUACAGUUUGGAUGUGAUGGCGAGCUGUGUAUUCAAUGUGGACAUAGACUCAAUCAGCAACCCCUCAAAUCCCAUGAUCACCCAUGCCACGAAGCUGUUCAGAUUCUCCGUACCUCUUUUCAUGUUCCAAGGGUGUUUCCCCGUAUUUCUUCCCCUCUUGGAGCUGCUCGGUGUCUCCCUUUUCCCUAAGACUUCUACUGAUUUCUUUAAAAAGCUUCUGGAGAAGGUCAGAGCGGAACGCAACGGGAGCUCACACGAGAAUUCCAGAGAUAUACUUCAAAAUAUGAUAAACUCUCAGACUGCCAGUGAACCCAAGAAAGACAAGCAGCAUAACGGUCUUACUGAUCAUGAGAUCUUCUCCCAAGCCACAAUGUUUGUAUUCGCUGGUCAUGAGACAAGUGCCACCACUCUCGUUUUCUUGGCCUACAAUUUGGCGAGAAAUCCUGAAGUCAUGAAACGCCUGCAAGAGGAGAUAGACUUCACUUUCCCUAAUAAGGGUGCUGUCCAAUAUGAAGCUCUGAUGCAGAUGGAGUACCUAGACAGUGUCGUCAAUGAGUGUCUGAGGCUCUACCCUCCAGUUGGACGUUUGGAACGAGUAGCCAAAGAAACUGUAGAGAUCAACGGAAUAAAAAUCCCAAAGAACAUGACUGUUAUGGUUCCAGUGUACGCUCUGCAUCAUGACCCUGAGCUGUGGCCAGAGCCCGAGGAGUUCAAGCCUGACAGAUUCAGUAAGCAGAACAAGCAGAGCAUCAACCCAUACACUUACCUGCCAUUUGGGAUCGGGCCAAGGAACUGUUUGGGGAUGCGAUUUGCUCUGAUGAUGGUCAAACUGGCCUUGGUGGAAGUUUUGCAGAACUACAGCUUCUCUAUCUGUGAGGAGACAGAGAUCCCUUUGAGGAUGGACCCUAAAGGCCUUGUUGGACCCCUCAAUCCAAUCAAAUUAAAGCUGGAGACACAUUCAAUGACCUCAGGAAAGGAGGACAAGUCCAACUAGGAAAUACACUCCUUAAAACUGAGGUGUUCUCUAAUUCUAAUAGCUGAAAAUGCUUCUUGAAGUUUAGUAAUACAGGUUUUCAGUCUGUAUCAUAAUUUUUUAAUCUGACCUGAAACAAAGCAGAUACAGUGAAAUUCAAUCAUGUUGAUUUUUGAAAAAUGUAACUGUAAUUUGUGUGCAUAAUGUUCAUGAACUAUGCCAACUACAUGAACUACUACCAAUCCAGUAUCUGACAAAAUGCCUCCCUUUCUGUUCCUCACGAUAUGACAUUGAAUAACAGCCAGAAGUAUUUUUGCAGAAUAUGAUGAUGUCACAGUUCAUUUAACCUUUGACCUUUUGUAUAUAAAUCAUCAUUACUCCAACUUUUUAUCCUAUUAGACAUUUGUGUGAAGUUUUGUGAUAAUUAGUGUAUGAAUUCUUACAGUUUGGCAAAAAUUUGCUUUGUGAGGUCAUAGUGACCUUGACCACCCUCAAGCUGUUCACAGAAAUGAGACAGACAAGGUUUUCGUGACCUUUAACCACCAUAAUCUAAUCAGUUCACCGGACAGUUGUGCCAAAUUUGAGAAAAAUAAAAAAUAAUUAAUAAUUAAUCCUCAAGGCAUUCCUGAGAUAUCGCCUUCACAAAAUGGGAUGGACAGAGCGACAGAUGGAGAUGGAGGGAUAGAUGGCUAUCGUAUCAUAACAAAGGAAUACAGUUCUGAAUAUCAAAACACUAAUGAAUGCACUUUGGGUAGUGAUCCAAACAUGUAAGCUACCAAAAUUUGUGACAAUUACAUGAAACUAAAAAGUUUCACAAAACACUCAAAAUGGUGGAAAUGUCAAGAAGACACAAGGAUAGUGUAAUAUCCAAAUUGUUAAAAUAGUAGUUUCAUAGUUACAUGUAAGAUAAUCAAUAAACUGUGAUAAAAUAAACUUUGGGAACUGGUUAUACUGUACCUCUGGAGGCUAAUAAAGCACAUAAUAAAUGUUUCUA